AUGAUUGGGGAGGAGCCUAGACCGAGUGACCCCACGCUGCAGGAAGAUUGGGACGAGCGCUCCUCGGCUGGCUACUAUUUGAUGUCGCAGAGUUUGGAGCUGAACCAGCGUCACCACGUCAUGCACCUGCUGCCGGAGGUUGAAUGCGGUCCGAAGGCGUGGACCGUGUUGAAGGAGCUGCACGCCCCGACCUCCGUUGUCGCAACGUUGAUGCUGGAGAGGGAGCUGUCCGCGUUGCGCCUGAGCGAGGGAGAGCCGGUGCAACCAGUCCUGGACAAGAUGCGCGACCUCUACGCGAAGUUGGCGACCGCGGGAAUCACCUACCCGGAGCAGACCAAGUGCUUGAAGAUGCUCUCGCUGCUGCCGGAAUCGUGGCUUCAAUUUACGAGCGGAUUGAGCCUGCCGCAGAACCAGAGCUUGUGGACGCUCGAGUGGGUGCGGACGAAGAUUCUGGAGGAGGACUUCCGUCGCCGCCAACUGAGGGGUGGAGACGACGGCAGCAGCGGCAGCGGCUUACGGAUGCAAGGAGCCGACGUGGCAGAGGACGUGGCUUCGGUGAAUCGUCACCAGGAUGGCGGCGCGCGGAGGAACCAGAAAAACGGCGCCAACAUGGUCGCUGAUUCGUCCGACAACAACCCGAAGGGCAACGGCGGUGCGGAGAAGAAGAAGGAGCGCACCGCGGGCCAAUUCUUCCAUGUGGGAGACAAGGGGGAGCAAGGAGACGCCUCUGCCAAAGUUGGAGAAGAGCUGCACCCCCUAGACUAUUGGGUGUUGGACACAGGCGCUGCUUGGACGAUGACGCCGCGCAAGGACCUGCUGGACGAAGUACGAGCUGCACCGAUCAAUGAAGUGUGCUCCGCCUCUGGACACAUGUUGAAGGUGGCUGGUGCGGGACGAGCUGCGUUUAAGGGAGCGGAUGGCAAGCCGGUGGUGCUGCACGACGUUCUCUUCGUCCCCGACCUGAAGGCCAACCUUAUCUCCCUCCGUAAGCUUGGCAAGGCUGGGGUGAACACCAACACGGAUGGGGCACGCACUUAUAAGGGGAAGCUGGGCAAUCGGGUGCUUUGGGAUCUGCACGAGAGCAAGGACGUGUACAGAUCUAUGUGGCAGCUGCCGGCCCUGGCGUGGCAUGGUGGGGGGCAGGCUGGAGAGGGGUCUGCAUCCCAGGGGGAGUGCAAUGCCGUUGGAGGGGUUGGUGUGAAAGUGUCGGCCAGAUCUGGGGAGACAGAUUGGGCAACGGCACACCGGCGCUUAGGGCAUGUGGCAAUGCCUUUGCUGAAGCAGCUGGAGAAGGAUGGAGCCGUUAAGGGUCUGAAGCUGAACGGACAGCCACCCGAUGACAACUGUGAAAUCUGUUUGCUUUCAAAGUUCACCCGUUUCCCUUUCCAUAGUGUGGCUGGCAGGAGCAAGAAGCCUUUGGAGCUGGUCCACAUGGACUUGGUGGGGCCGCUGCCGGUGCAAGGGCACAAAGGGGCACGGGGAGCGCAGAACGGGGCAAACCGGACCAUUCUGGAGACAGCUAGGGCGCUGCUCAUAGAAUCAGGGCUGAGCAAUUCUAUGUGGCCUCAUGCUGUCCGGCACGCCACUGUCGCUAGGAACAGGGUGCUCACCAAGGUUGGGGAUGACUCGUGGGUGCCGUUGGAGAGGUGGCUUGGGAGGAAGCCGCCGGUGGACAUGCUGAGGAUGUUCGGUUGCAUGGCAGUCGCCCACGUCCCCAAGACCUACCGCAGUAAGUUGGGGGCGAGUGCAAUCUGGUGUGUGCAUUUGGGGCUGGCUGCUGAGAGCAAGGGAUGGCUGCUAUGGGAACCAUCCAAGGGUGUGUUGUUUGUUGUUGACAGCAGGGAUGUGAAAUUCAUUGAGGCCAUGAUGUAUGGGAGCUGGGAGAAACAGCCGGAGGCCGGGGUUUUUGUCCCAGCAGAUGGAGCAGAUCACCAUGCAGCUGGACCUGACUCCUAG